UGAUUUUCUUCAUAGUUUUUUCUUUAUAAAAAUUAAAAUAAAAAUAGGGAGCCACACGGCUAGUUUUAGAUAGCGCCAUUUGAGAUGUAAAUAACAGAAAACAAACAUUCAAAUUCAGGAGAAGAUGAAAGGCAAGCGCCAGCUUUGCAAAGCCAUAGACGUCUUGUACUCUCGAGGAUGUGCAGGCUACGAAACAUACACUCAUCUCGUUCUUGAAUGUGUUCGAAUGAACGAUGUUGAUCAAGCAAAGAGACUGCAAUCUCAUAUGGAGCUUAACUCCUUUCAACCCACCAACACGUUCCUCCACAACCGUCUUCUCCACCUCUAUGCCAAAUCUGGGGAACUAUCUCAUGCUCAAAACCUGUUCGAUAAAAUGCCCAAAAGAGACAUUUUCUCUUGGAAUGCAAUGCUAUCCGCAUACUCGAAGUUGGGUUCUAUUGAGGAUUUGCGGGCAUUAUUUGAUCAAAUGCCUAUUCGUGAUUCGGUUUCAUAUAAUACAGUGAUUGCUGGUUUUUCCGGAAAUGGGUCUUCGAGGAAAGCUUUGGAGUUUUUUGUUAGAAUGCAGAGAGAUGGGUUUGAGGCCACAGAGUAUACCCACGUGAUUGCGUUGCAUGCCUGUUCACAGUUGUUGGAUCUGAAGCUUGGGAAACAAAUUCAUGGAAGGAUUGCGGUGGGUAAUUUGGAGGAGAAUGUUUUUGUUUGGAAUGCUUUGACUGAUCUGUAUGCCAAGUGUGGAGAGAUUGAUCAAGCUCGGUGGUUGUUUGAUCGCACAGUUUGUAAGAAUGUGGUCUCUUGGAAUUCAAUGAUAUCUGGUUAUUUGAAAAAUGGACAGCCCAACAAAUGUAUUGAUUUGUUUCAUGACAUGCAAUUGUCGGGGUUCAAGCCUGACCAGGUUACUGUUUCAAAUGUUCUUGGUGCUUUCUUUCAGAGUGGGUGUUUACAUAGAGCAAGAAAUUUUUUUGAUGAAAUUAGGGAGAAAGAUAUUGUUUGUUGGACGACAAUGAUUGUGGGAUAUGCACAAAAUGGAAAAGAAGAGGAUGCUUUGAGGUUGUUUCGAGAUGUGCAAUUGGAAGAUAUUAGACCUGACACUUUUACCAUCUCAGCUGCUGUCAGUUCUUGUGCCAAAUUAGCUUCUUUGUAUCAUGGUCAGGUAAUUCAUGGAAAAUCCAUUCUUGUGGGUGUUGAUGGUGAUUUGCUUGUCUCUAGUGCCCUUAUUGAUAUGUAUUCCAAAUGUGGAGAAACCAUAGAUGCUUGGGUUGUGUUCAAAAUGAUGACAAUUCGGAAUGUGAUUUCUUGGAACUCCAUGAUUGUGGGCUAUGCACAAAAUGGACAGGAUCUAGAGGCACUGGCCCUUUAUGAACAGAUGUUGCAAGAAGAUUUGAAACCUGAUAAUAUUACCUUUGUGGGCAUUUUGUCUGCUUGCGUCCAUGGUUGUUUGAUCGACCAUGGGCAGGCAUAUUUUGACUCAAUCAGCAAACAGCAUGGAAUGACGCCUACUUUGGAUCAUUUUGCAUGUAUGAUCAAUCUUCUUGGCCGUGCAGGAUCCCCAAACAAGGCAAUAGAUCUCAUUAAAAGUAUGCCUCAUAAACCGAAUUGCCUAAUUUGGUCCACCCUUUUGUCUGUCUCUGCAAUAAAUGGCGACAUUGAACAUGGGGAGAUGGCGGCAAAACAUCUCUUUGAAACGGAUCCAUUCAAUGCUGGACCUUAUAUUAUGCUCUCCAACAUAUAUGCUGCUUGUGGAAGAUGGAAAGAUGUAGCAUCUAUGAGGUCUCUCAUGAAGAGUAAGAAAGUUAAGAAAUUUGCUGCCUACAGCUGGAUUGAGAUUGAUAACAAGGUCCAUAAGUUUGUAGCAGGAGAUCGAACCCAUCCUGAAACAGAAAUAAUUUAUGGAGAAUUGGAAAGAUUGAUAAAAGAACUGCAGAAAGCUGGCUUUACUCCUGAUACAAACUUGGUUCUUCAUGAUGUGGGGGAGGAUGAGAAGUUCGAAUCCAUCUGCUACCACAGUGAGAAACUUGCCCUUGCAUUUGGGUUGAUCAAGAAGCCUGAUGGAAGAAUGCCCAUUAGGAUUAUAAAGAACAUCCGUGUUUGUGGGGACUGUCACACUUUUAUGAAGUUUGUAAGUAAAAUUGUUGAACGGCCUAUCAUCUUGAGAGAUUCAAACAGAUUUCAUCAUUUUGUAGGGGGGGAGUGCUCCUGCAAGGACAAUUGGUAGCAAGAAGACCUGUAGAGAGUGGUUGCGCUUGAUAGCUUUUGAGAUACUAACAAACCAAACACACAGAAACAGGGAGGAGUUUGGACUACUGCAAGUGUCAUUUCCCCUGAUAAAUGUUGGAAGGGAACUAAUUUUUGGACUCUGCUAAGGCACAUGGCUGAGCAAAGGCAUGAGUUACUGCAUUGAGAUGAACUGGUUUUUGCAGAGUCCAUUUUUAGAGGUUGAGGCAUAAUAGAACUGAAGAUGCAUACUGCUACAGUAAGGGGAAAUGAUAGAAGAGCAGUGGGAUCUUUCUUUUCUUGGAAAGCUGAUGAGAUUGGGA